AUGAGCGGCGAUCCACGGCGAGAUGCGCCACCAACCUACCCUGGACGUCCCGCUCACCAGCACGACGUGACAUGGCUCGACUUCCUACGCACAGCAGGUGGCACUGUGCCUGCUGACCCCAGUCCUCAGCAGUCCUCAGAUCGGCAGAAUUCCGCUGAGCGUAAGAGACGGCACACCGGCAGUGAACCGGAGAGAAGAACUUAUCCUUAUCCUGGCAAACCAUCGGUGAUAAGUGCUUCGAGCAGCAGGAGUAUUGGUCAACAGGGCAAUAGCAGAGACACAGCGAUAGAUUUGACCUCCCCGCCCGCUAGAAGCAGCCGUGAGACAGCCAUCGACCUGGAUCCCACACUCAGCAGACCGUAUCGACCAUCGUCCUCGCGAAUGCAUUCCGGCGGCAAUGGUAGCCUGGGCGGCAGAAGAGAGAGCGAUAUCGUCCUGCCACGAUGGCAGUCGGAUCAUGAAGUCAACACGUGUCCAGUAUGCAGCACGGAUUUCAGCUUCUGGUAUAGGAAGCACCACUGCCGCAAGUGUGGGCGCGUAGUAUGUGCAUCAUGCUCGCCACAUCGCAUCACGAUACCAAGGCAGUAUAUUGUGCAACCACCCAGUCCGAGCACAUUCUACGAGGACGAAUCCAGUCCAGCAUCACCUCCUAACAGUCGAGGUCAUCUAGGUGGAGGCGAGAUUGUGAGGGUGUGCAAUCCAUGCGUGCCCGAUCCAUGGACCCCGGGUACCACAUCUGCCCAAGCUCCUGUUGCGCCAGUUCCUCCGCCACCACCGAGGACCAGCAGUCGUCAGCUAUCACCAACACGAGACACCAGACUGUAUCCAGGUACAGACCCCAGACUCCGGAGAGAAUCUGAUCAGGGAGAGCGUGAGCGGCCGGAUCGAUACCGACAUGUACUACCACCUGGCAGGAGUAGAGCUCAGAGCUAUCAGAUCACACCCAGCGUCGCGAACCGUGAUCCUAGAUUGCAAGCUCAGGGUGGAAUCCGUGUCACCUCACGCGGCACCGGCAGUCGAGAAGGUGCAUUCCCUAGGCUGUCGUCGCACUACGAAAGUAGAUACUCUGUCGGCAGAGCAGCGCAUGGGACACCGCCAGCUCCCUCACAUGCCAGCAGAUCCAUGCCUACCGUGACCGCACCCCACUCACAUUCUCAGCCAGAUGCGAGUCAGCUAGGAGCUCCCGGGCGACCGAGGCGCGAGGUGCGUGAAGAAGAUGAGUGUCCCGUCUGCGGUAUCGAGAUGCCUGCUGGUGAGGCUAUCCGGGAAGCACACAUCAACGACUGCAUCUCAUCUCGAUUCUCCUCCACUCCUACGCAGCCACGAUCGGUACCGACUGCGACCAGUCCUCAGGUUCCUUCUCCGACAGCGCUAGCCGGGAGUCAUGCUUCGAGCAACGCACCUACCGCAGAAGGCUCACGUCCAAGAGCCACCAGCUAUCGGCCACGUGGUAUGGCGCUUUACAAAGCCACCGAGAAAGACUGCCAAGAUGCAGCAGGUGAAGUACAAGAGUGCGUGAUUUGCUUCGAGGAGUUUGAACCAGGCGAUGAGAUGGGUCGUAUGGAGUGUCUUUGCAAGUUUCACCGAAUCUGCAUCCGGCAGUGGUGGGACACAAAAGGGCAAGGCAGUUGCCCGACGCACCAACUGCACGAUUGA